GCUGCAGGAGCCCCGCCGGGGGGCGCCUGGGACAGGGGAGCGGAACUGCCUUCCUCGGGCUUCACGAUGCCGGGAUGGACAGAGUAGCUUAUGAUGCUUAUCCCCACCCACCACUUUCGAGACAUUGAGCGGAAGCCAGAAUACCUCCAGCCGGAGAAGUGCGUCCCACCGCCCCCGCCCAGCCCCGUGGGAACCAUGUGGUUCAUCCGCGAUGGCUGUGGCAUCGCCUGUGCCAUUGUCACCUGGUUUCUGGUCCUCUACGCGGAGUUUGUGGUCCUCUUCGUCAUGCUGAUUCCGUCCCGAGACUACGUAUACAGUAUCAUCAAUGGAAUCGUGUUCAACCUACUGGCCUUCCUGGCCCUGGCCUCUCACUGUCGGGCCAUGCUGACGGACCCCGGAGCAGUGCCCAAAGGAAAUGCCACGAAAGAAUUCAUCGAGAGCUUACAGCUGAAGCCUGGGCAGGUGGUGUACAAGUGUCCCAAAUGCUGCAGCAUCAAGCCCGACCGAGCGCACCACUGCAGUGUCUGUAAGCGCUGCAUCCGGAAGAUGGACCACCACUGUCCCUGGGUCAACAACUGUGUUGGGGAGAACAACCAGAAAUAUUUUGUCCUGUUUACAAUGUACAUAGCUCUCAUCUCCCUGCACGCCCUCAUCAUGGUGGGAUUCCACUUCCUGCACUGCUUUGAAGAAGACUGGACAAAGUGCAGCUCCUUCUCUCCCCCCACCACUGUCAUCCUCCUCAUCCUGCUAUGCUUUGAGGGACUGCUUUUCCUCAUCUUCACGUCGGUGAUGUUUGGAACCCAGGUGCACUCCAUCUGCACAGACGAGACGGGAAUAGAACAAUUGAAAAAGGAAGAGAGAAGAUGGGCUAAAAAAACAAAGUGGAUGAACAUGAAAGCCGUUUUCGGCCACCCCUUCUCCCUAGGCUGGGCCAGCCCCUUUGCCACACCAGACCAAGGGAAGGCAGAUCCCUACCAGUAUGUGGUCUGAAGGACCCCACCAGCCUUGCAUUCAGUCACAGACCACUCCACAGCGCUACCGCUCCAUCCGUCCUCACGGACGACUCACCCGAGAGGAAAAAAAAAAAGAACUGCUCUCAGAAACUCUUUUUAUGUCUCAAGUAAGAUUUGGCUGAGCAUUGCAGAGUUGAGCGAGAGAGAGAGAGAGAGAAAGCAGGCCCAUGUUUUAUUUUUGAAAGAUUCUCCUUCCUGUUUGGGGGGAUCAAAGCUGCUCUUCUUUCCCCCCUUUGGAAAAAUCCUUUCUCUGGCCUCUGGUUUCCUCUCUGCUGUCUGUCUGGCACGACUAACUCGGAGGGGCUUGUCCCCCAGUCACACCCACACCUACUAACUGAGCACGACGUGGUGCCUGGUGGGAGCCUGCAGCCUCCCCUCUGCCCAGAGGUGGGCAGUGCUGAAAACCCUGCCGAAGACGAAUGCUUCCCCGCACCCGCUUGAGAUUGCAGGGGGCAGGAGCAGGGCUGGUACCUGCAGACGGGGCACUUGCCACAGCCACCUCCUGCCCCUCCAUGGACAAGUUGCCGCUGAGUGACAGUGAUCGCCUUGUGCUCUUGGGACGGACCGUGUAGCAUGACUUUGGCAGUGGGGGGAAAGACUCGGGAGAGGGGGCCUGAUCUGUCUGCACCAUCAGUUCCACGCUCUGUGAUUAUUUAGAAGAUGUGAAGGGAAGAAGCUUUUCCGGUUCAAAAUGCCUUACACAAUCAAAAUAAAAAACAAGGGAGAUAGUGUAUGAGUUUGGGGUGCCCCAUUUUCCUCUGUCCCGUUGUUUCGUUCUUCCCUCACAUUCCCCUCCUAGUAGGCGUCUGCUGAGCUACGGUCAGCGCUGUCCCCACGCCCUGCCAUCCUGCCUCUGGGCUCCCUCCUUGGGUCCAGCUGCAGAGCGGGUCCCCUCGGGAUUUUUGACUCCUGUGUACACGUGCCCAUCCUUCACCUAGAUCUUUACUCCCCGAGACUGCGGUCCUGACCCGGUGGCAUCUGUCUCAAUGUGACUGGGCCACAGGCUUCUCAAGGUUACUAGCUGGCCCUUGCAUUCACAGGAGCCAGCCCUCAGAUGCCGGGGCCGGCUUGCUUUCCCUUCUGAGGGCACAGGCAGACAUGGGGUAAGCAAGCAUAUCUAGAUCAAACCUGAAUCAUGACCCUCGAUGACUUCUCAGACCUUGGGGUUUUUGUUUUGUUUGGAUUUUCAUUUUUUAAAAACGUGAUCGCCAUAAACCUCUUUUAGCUUUUGCAGGGGGCGGGUGUGGGGAGGUGGUUGAAAUCUAAUCUUGGACAGGGAGAAAGUGUGUGUCCCCUGUGAUCUUGAAGAGUGGGACAUGCUGCUCUUUUCAAUUCUGUCAGUGCUUCCACAUGGAAACCAAAUGCAAUAAAACUUUUCCAAAACCUGUGUUGAAGGUGCUCUGCUCGUUCA